UCCUUUUUUUGAGAUGCUGCCUGUCCUGACAGUUCUGGUCCUGGCUUUGAUGGGAGCCUACAUUGGAGAAAACCAUAAGGUCUCAUGUCUCACAGACGUUGAAUUGACCAUGGUCCCAAAUUCGUAUGAUGACCAGUACAUGGGCUGUUCAGCUACAAUGGAGAACAAGCUGAUGGAUACAACUACAGAUGGAUUUCAGCAAAAGUAUGAUUUUGUCUGGAAAAAUGCAACCAACACCUGGAAUAACAUCAAAGACUCUCUCCAGCUGCCUUAUGACUUUAAGGAGGAGUAUGGGAUUGCGGUGGUUGCUUAUACUGCUUGCAGCAAGUUGUACUUGAAUUUUGGCCCAGCCGUGAGAGAAGGCGGAAAAUCCAGCGCAGACUAUGAAAAAUCCUUCCAUUUCAAGAGUUUCCACUUUCUUCUGACAAGAGCCAGCCAGGUCCUGAAGGCCUCCCAAGGUGGUUGCUAUAAUGUGUAUCGCGGCAUUAAAGAUAUAAGAUUCACUGUCCCUGAUCGCAAUACACCCAUCCGUUUUGGACAGUUUACGUCUUCAUCCCUGAGCCGGCAAGCUGCCAAGAAAUUUGGGGAUGACACUUUCUUCACCAUCAGAACCUGUCUUGGAAACGAUAUCAUUAAAUUCUCCUACUUCCCUGAACAAAAAGAGAUUUUGAUCCCACCAUAUGAGACGUUCAAGGUUGUAGAUGUCAAUAAUGUGGGCGGCAAAACUGAAAUCACACUCCACAGCUAUAGCAAGAGCAGCAACUUCAACUGUGGAUCUAAGAGUGGCGGGAGAAACAGCCGAUCCGUGGAUAAUCAAAGGGAUUCACCCAACCGGUUGAUGCUCAGAGGAUACUCAGGAAUGGACACUCGAUCGCUUGCUGCCUUAAAACAAAUGGACGCUGACUACCUGGCCGCCAGAUGCAAUGGUCCCAGCUCUUUGACCCCGGGCGUCCCGAUGUCUUUUCUUCUCUGGGGGUUCCUGCUCUUCUCGGGCGCCCUCCACUCCACGGGCAGCCUCUGACUUCGCCUUCCAAAAUAGCUGGCUAGGAAGGAAGAACUUCUUGCCAGUGGCAAGAAAGAGAGGUUUUGAUUUAGAGAUUGCCGCUUUUGCUAAUUUUACCCAGUCCUAGCUUCCUAGCUUUGCUGGAUAGAACUUUAUUACCAUCGAGCUAACAUUCAUAGAAUCCUAGAAUCCUAGAGUUGGAAGA